GGUCCCAGGGCAACAGCGAUGAUGAAGAUGAUGAUCAGUCUGAGGACUCAAAUGCUUGGUGGAGGCCUCCCCGUCUAAAUCAUGCGUACGCAUUACCGAAACGCCCAGAACACUUCCAGACCAUGUUGCUCUGUUACGAAAAGCCAUUGCUGACGGGCAUCAGCCUGGCCGGGAAUACGGUCUUCAGAAUCGCCUUGGAACCAAUGGCUGAGCAAGGAAUCAAUGCACAGAUCAUCUGCGAGAAGGUGGCGGAGGUCUUGGGGGAAGACAUCCAUGCCGUGAGUAUUUUCAAGGAGGGACAGCCUACGCCACCAUCAGAGCAUCUAGUGGCUUUCCACGAUUUGACGCUCAGGGUGGCUGUGGAUAUCGAGCCUGUCUUCAUUUGCCGGCGGGCGCGUCCGCGUCGUGGCUACGCUGCAACGGACACUGAAGCGGUUCUCGGGGAGGCCAUCGUAGAACUGGACGGCAGCAAGCUUUUUACUGAAGGAAGUACCAUUCUGCAAGCUGUGCAGGAACAGCGGGAGUUGGUGACGGGGCGGCCAGUGGACGUUUGGCUGGUGUACACCAAGCUGGAGGUCUUUAUGUACUGUCGACCAGAACGCCCAGAUCAUGAUCUACUGGACGCAGUCGGCUUAUUUCCGCAGGCUCCUGCGUGGAAGUUGCCACCGGCGACAAAGCGCUGGGGCUCACGGUGUGACGUUUGGAGCACACUGCUCCACCUCCCGACUAUCAAGCCACUCUUGGACAAGCAUGCCGAGCUGACGGCAGACAGGCCAAUUCCGCGAUACCAGAUGAUUGUGGACCCGAAUCGGUUUGUAUGCGAAGGGGCAGCUGGACCUUGCUGGGUCCCUUGCGAGUUUGACAUUGGCGAGGACGGGUCCGUUCAACUCGUUGGCGGAGCUCGGAGCCAUCGACAUCCUCAUCUAGCUGAGCAGGUCGCCACACCUCUCCUCAGUGCAGCAAUGCCACUGUUGGCCAAGCUCCGGCGACCACAGCUUCUGUUGGAGGGACGGAGGUUGCAAGUUGUCUUGAAAGCGCAACGAAUAAUUCUCCCUCCAGCUCGGGAAGAUGAUGAAACCGAAUAUCUUGGACUAUGGCAUGUAGAUGGCCACCGCGAGGACGUGGUGGCAGUAGUGUUAUACUACUAUCACGUUGAUGCUUCACUGCAUGGCGGCGACAUAGAGUUCUGUGGGCGCGAACCGCUGGAUGUGCUUGGAUUCGGUGAUUGCGACAAUAACGCUUCGCGAUUUACUCGGCGCGAAAUCCGCAGAGCAUUUCGAGGUGAUGCGAGCAAAGACCGAACAGUGCAGAAUUGCCGUGUGCCCAUCAAGCAGGGGACGAUGCUGGUUUUCUCCAACUAUCAGAUGGUUCACCGUGUUCUACGUCUUGUCAGUAAUGAGCCCGCAGAGGCCUCGCGUGACUUCGUUGCACUCUUCAUUCUGAACCCCGCGGGCAAGAGCCUGGUCCCAGCGCGAUGCGCUCUUGCAAAAGGAUAUAUGCUGCAAAAGACCUUCCAGUGCAAGAGCAUCAGAUCAGCGGAAGUUCAACGGAUUCUGGAAUUUGCUGGAGAGUCUUUGAGCUCUUCACGCGAAGCCGAACGACGUGACGCAAUGCUCCUGGAGCAGCUGCAGCCGUCUGGAGCGUUCGUUGGCAUGCAGAACGUGCACUCCACAGGCAAUGGUUGCUUUACCAUGGUUGGUUGGCUUCACAAUGCGCUUCGUGAGAGACAAGGCGGUGACUACGUGAAGUCCUUUGCGGAGAGUGGAUGGAAAUGCUUCAGUCGAUUCAACAAGCCACCACAGAACGAGCACGGGCUCUCAGCUGCUUUCUCACAGCAGACAUCAUCUGAUUGCGGUACAGGCUCUGCAGAGGAUGUCGCGGUGAAGGACAGUGAACAGGCAACCUUGAACUUCAAAGAUGAUGCCACUUACACAGGAGGGGUUGUGGACGGAAAGCGGGAAGGUUUCGGAACCUACAAAAGCCCAACCGAGACGUAUGAGGGCCAUUGGAAGGAUGACAAACAGAAUGGAGAGGGCAAGCACACAUGGAGUGAUGGUCGGUCCUACGAGGGACAGUACGUGAACGGCCGCUUCUCGGGCAAAGGAAAGAUGGUCUGGAGGACGGACAAGGGCACCAUGAUCUAUGAAGGAGAUUACCUGGAUGAUGCCAAGCAUGGCUUUGGCAAGUUCACGUGGCCAAAUGGAAACGUUUACGAGGGUGGGUGGCAGAAUGGAAAGCGGCACGGAAAGGCUACCUUCAUCACGUCCACAGGGAAGCAGAAGGUUGGCUUCUGGCAUGACGACAAGUUCGUGAAGUGGGAGGGUGAUGACGCGGAGCCCUCUCAAGCUUAA